CGUUACCUGAAACGUCCGUGUGUUCUACGUUACUCGCUGAAUUCAGUGGACUAGCUGACUGCAACCUCGAUCAGUGUAAAGCUGUACUGGCGAUGAGACCGUUCAUAAAUGACGGAUCAAUACCAACUGUCCGUGGCAAAGACACAGAUGAGGGAACUACUACCAAGUCUGCACUGGCGGCUGUGGUACAUCAUGUGGCCUGCUAGAUGGACGGUCACAUGCAGAGUUGGCAUUCAGCUGUCUAUGCAAACACUCCAACGGAACCUCAAGAGUACAGGGGGUAGACAUCAUGGUGAAAACACUUGGAAACGAUAGCUUCGAGACUUUCUCACCCCUCCCUCCGCCUCUGUCCCCGGGCCAGCCAGGAGACGCUUUUGGGAAUGAUGAGGAAGCUGCCGAGGUGUCCAAGCUUGCUGAGGUUCCUGCGGCCAAAAGGAGAGUCGUUAGGAGACCACAGCCCAAGCUGGACUCCCAGAGGCUGAUAUCUGAAAAAGGACUUCCAGCUCUGCGAACACUUUUUGACAAUGUCCAUUUUAAAGGAAAAGGCCAUGAGGCGGAGGAUCUGCGACUGCUGAUGCAGAAGAUGGAGAACUGGGCUCACAGGUUGUACCCCAAACUUCAGUUUGAAGAUUUCAUGGACAGAGUGGAGAAGCUGGGCGCCAAGAAGGAGGUGCAGACAUGUCUCAAAAGGAUACGGUUGGACAUGCCACUGACACACGAAGAUUUUACUGGUGAAGAUGAUGCUCCGCUUGAACACGACAUCUUGGAAGAUUCCGAUCCAUUUAGCAGUCAGAGGUUCCCCAGCGAUCCGCAAGGGCCAAUCCACUCUACCCCAGCGCCUGCUGGUCCGCCUGCCCCCUCUCUCACAGAAGAUCAGCGCCAACGCAUGGAGCUAAACAGACAGCGAGCCCUGGAGAGGAAGAUGGCUCGCCAGCAGCAGCUAAUGGACUCUCAACCACUUGACUCAUCAUUGCAAACAGACGAGCCCUCGGUGAACACCGCAGAACAUGGUGUCAACUAUUCCCAAGGACAAGAUUGUAAGGAGGAUGAGCCAGGCAGAAGCAGCCCCCUUUAGCUGUCAAUCAAGGCCUCUGAGUCAUUCUCUUUGUGCAAGAACAUUGUGACAGAGCCCACCCCUCCAGCCAGUAAUGAGGAUGCCGAUAAAUGCUGAAUAAUGCUCAGUACUUUACCCAAUUUAGCAUAUAUAUAGAGAGAGAUAUAUAUCUAGAUAGAUAGAUAGAUAGAUAGAUAGAUAGAUAGAUAGAUAGAUAGAUAGAUAGAUAGAUAGAUAGAUAUUUUUUAUAUAACACUCAUGACACUUUCAAUCUAUGCAGAAAGACCAUACAUGUUGUAAUUAAAAGUGAUGUUUCAUUAUGUAAAUCUGUUGUAAUUACUUUAAAGAUAACAAUAAAAGCAAAUAUCCAGUUCCUAUA